AGGAGCUUCCAGAGCUGCAAAUGAUUUUGGUGGAACCAAAUAUUGUUGCAGAAGCUAGGCAGCGGGUGAAGCCUUUCCAGCACCGUGCCCGUUGGCUCGAAGCAAUGAGCGACGUGGCGCACCAAGAACUACCGGACGCAUCGCUGGACCUGGUUUUCAUCGAUGGAGAUCAUCGUUAUCAAACGGUCGUGGACGAUCUGCGCCUUUGGAGUCCCAAGGUGGCUCCAGGUGGUUGCCUGGCCGGCCACGACUUCGGCCUCAACGGACUGGGCGUCAUCCGCGCUGUCAGCGAGUUCGCGCUGCGGCACAAUGCCACCAUUCGGGUGCAGACGGACUGCUUUUGGUUCUUCCGCGCAGCUGAUGGUACAUGGUUAUGAAA